AUGAACCACAGCGCGCUGGAGCUGCGCCGAGCCACAGGUUCUGAGCCGUUCAAGCGCGACAUGAAGCGCCCGUCGUCGUCGUCGUCUUCGUCUUCCCCUGCUACGGACUCGAGCGGCCGGCUGAGCUUCAGCACGUUCCUCCUGGACGAAGAAACAGCCGCAGCAGCCGCGUCUUCGGUGCCGCAACUUAAGACCAACAAACGGGCUCUUCCACCGCCUUUGCCGCCGUUGCGAGCUCAAGGAACAGCAGCGCCAGUGGAGUACCCGCUGCUGUGGCAGGAGCAGGUGCCGCCAGUCGCUGCGUGGCGACAAAGGGGAGUUUCAAAUGGAGACAUUCCUGUGCUGGAAGCUGCUCGAGACAGUAGCGACUUUUGCUUGGACGGAGGAAAUCAGGGCCAAGUGGAACUCAAUGACAUUGAAGAAGACGGAGCAGACGCUCGAGUCGUCGUCGGGGACUACGACGCUGAUGACGACGACGACGUCGUGCCGGUGUUGCAGACGGCGGAAGACGCCAUGCGAGCUCAGAGGUACACGGGCAACAAGAAGUUUUCGUGGCGAGUGUCGGCGAGGAGAGGGGUGCCUACGGGCCGGACGACGGUUCGUGUGCCGGAUCAGGAGACGCUCUUAAGCAUGUCAACAACGAGUGCAGAUCUGUUGUCGUCGAGCUACGAACUGUCUAACAGCAGUGCUCAAGGAGCAAGGAAUAGCUCGACUCCACCGGUCCGAAUUGAUCGUGAACUCGUGCGCAGUGGGUGGCUUUACAAACAGGCAAAUGUCAUGAAAACGUGGAAACGGCGGUAUUUCGUACUGAUAAAGCGCACGAAUGCUGCAACUGGGGAUUAUUGGGCAUCACUGCAGUACUAUAAAGGAAACAAUUUUGGCAAGCUGCGAGGGGAAAUGCACUUGCAAGGCGGCAUGUUGUCUGUGCGCUUUUUGGAACCAGACGAGACGAAGAGACCAUUCUGUUUUGAAAUAGCUGGUGAAGACUUUUCGUUUGUAUGUUCCGGAUCGAACGAUGAAGACGCGAGUGCAUGGGUGUGUCUAUUGCAGAGUUUAUCAGGCGGGGGUGGUAGUACAAUCUCACCGUCGGGCAGCUUGCUUGGAGCGUCAACGGCAAAUCGACUUUUGCAUUCGGGAGACGAGUCGAAGGGUAAUCGGGUUCGCCCCAGCACCAUCGACGCUCGAAGUAUUCGAAUUGUAGCUGAGUUGCGGAAAGUGCUUCACACGAGCAAGUCCCCUGAAGCUGCUCAGUAUAAAGGGUUCAUAGGCUCAUUUGAGUCCCGGGGCACAGGCGCGCUUCGCCAAUUUCGAGAGUUCCAUGCAAAGUUGACAGAAGCCAUUGUGAACGAUCACGGUGCUCGUAUCUUGGCAGCACUCAAGGAUCCAGGCGACGAUGAUAUAAACGCUGAUAGGAGUGGAGACAAGAAACAAGCCGUACAGCCGAUAUCGCUUGAUAUGGUGCGUUUGGCUGUAUCUCGUCAUGUGGAAGAAGUCCUUUUUGUGCCGCUUCAGGAAAAAAUCAAUACAGGUCUGCGUCGCGUGUACCACGAGGAAGAAUCUUCGAUCAACCGCAAGGUUCGAUGGCUGCAAGGAAAAGACCAGAUGUAUUUCAACAUUCCGCUGCAUCAAAUUUCGUGGAAAGAGUGGAGAAAAGCGUCUAGAAUCCUCGCUCAAAUUGCUCAAGUGUCACUUCCUGCAGCGAAGUACGACGUACUUACAAGUACGAUCAGAAACAUUCAGACAACUUAUGCUGACGAGCAUAACACGACUACUGACGUGGAGACACUUGAGACUGAUGAUAUUAUACCAAUAUUUACAUACGUGUUGUCGAACAGUGGACUAGAGAACCUCAUUUCGCUGAAGACCUUGUUGACUGAAUUGAACGGUUCGUGGGCCGUUGGCAGGUCUCCUGAUGAUGAAACGUCACUCAACGUUUUGACACACGCGGUAGAUUUUAUUAGUAACGUUAGUAUUCCUGCUGUACUGGAAGAUAUAUUCAAGGACCAAAUUACGCUUUCGAUUGACGGCGACUGGCGCCGCGUAUUAGAGUUUGAAGUGGAGCCAACGUAUCGUUAUGGUGCAAUUGUAGAGCAUAUAUCGCCUCAUGGCUACUCAGCUGUCGGAAAUAUCAUCACGCGGGGUUACGUGCUGGUGACAGUAAAUGGCCAGAAUGUGGUGUUGUGGCCGUUCCAGGACAUCAUGACGUUACUUCUUGGGUCAGCGUCUCCUCACCGGUUAGCCUUCAUCCCUGGAAGCAGUUAUUUCAAAAUUUUGACGUCAAAUAAAGCGCUGUGGAAUGUGGCGUUGAUGCACGCAUGUCAGCGCGGUGACGUGUUCAGUGUGCAAAUGCUGCUUGCAAAUGGAGCUGACGUAAACUAUGUCGCUCAUGAGUGUGGAAGUAAUACGCCAUUGCAUGUCGCAGUAAGUGCUUUACAUUUCAACGUUGUUUCGUACAUGCUCCAGCACGGUGCUAAGGUAAAGACUAUCGGAGAAUGCGGUCGCAGCGCAUUGCACAUGGUCGGGUCUCCUUGUACGAUGCCGGCUACAGUGAGUGUGUCUUGUGACGUCACGAGAACUUCAAGUGGGACGUCUGCUACCUUGAGUGACUCUGAUAAGGCCGUUUUGAUAAUCAAGAAACUACUAGGUCACGGAGCGCUUGUCGACACUGUUGACAUCUACGGUAACACGCCGAUUAUGUUGUUGGCGGAAAGAGGCUUUCUUGGUGGAAUUGACGUGAUCAUGGAGGCAGAUAGCAAGGUUGAUCUGAACGCUCGUAAUUGGCAGCGCGGCAUGAGUGCUCUUGCGCUUGCAUCAAAGAGUGGCGAAGCAAAUGUAGUAGAGGGGUUGUUAGAUUAUGGCGCCCAAGCCGACAUACGUACGCUGCAUGGUGAGACCCCUCUACACUUUGCGGCAGCAGGCGCGAGCCAACGUGUGUGUCAGUUGCUUAUCGAGAGAGGCUGCGAUGUCGAUGUCCGUACAAGCGACGGGUUGACUCCGUUGAUGGUCGCAGUUGCGAGAGAUCGAGGCGCGACCAUGAAGGAUGUUGACAUUGUGUCACCGUCUGUAUCAUCUUCGAUCACGGAUCACAGCAAUGCCCGCAGCGGGCAAUAUGACCACCACCAUAAAAUGACGAAUGGCUCGCGAAGCAGCAAUAGUCUGGACAACUCCUCAGUCAUUUUAACAAUGGAUUACCUUGUACGGAGCGGUGCUGAAAUAUCUGCGGUUUGUGAAGCAUAUCGUACGCCUUUGCAUUAUGCUGCUCUUUAUGGUUAUGACGAAUUGCAUGCGAAUCUAUUGGCAAAACUGGGCGACGAUACAAGUGCUGGAAGACGCGACUUGCAUGGGCAAUCAGCAGCGUUUAUGGUGGAAGCUGGUCGAUCCUCUCAUGCGCAUGCGAGCGAAGACCCGGCCGAUAGCACCAGCUUAGCAAUGGUCGACGAUUACAGCAUGCUGGCUGAGAAUGAUGACUCUGACGACGAUGACGAUGACAUUGACGAUUUGGAACAUGCUGAUAUUCCCAUGUCACUCACAGGGCACAGCAACCUUUUGGGAAAGAGUUUGAGCAUAAAGGAUUUGGUGACUGAAGAAAAUGGUGGAGUUGAGGAGAUUAUUGCAGGAACAUUUGAUGCUAUUGCCUACUUUUUGCUGCGCUAUGAGGAUUACCGUAUGGAGGAGUUAAGCGCACUCAUAUGGUCCUGCGGGUACGCAUCCAACAACGGAGGUGGGAGCACCUUUCAAGAGACAGUGGACAUUUUGCAAAACAUGCGCAAACAGUACUCGGUCGGAACGGAGGCUGGGUUUUACGUGCGGAGAAUGUUGCUGAGUGCACUGGAUAAGUUGGUGGAAAUUCUGAAGCACAGCGUUGAGUGCGAUAUGACUGUGUGCAAUUACGCAGCUGAAUUGUACACGGAACUGGUCCCUGUACAGGAUGCGUUGGCCAAGGAGGAUCCACAGUGCGCGCAAUGGCUCAGUGCAUCGCUAUUGCCGGAGUUUGCAGAUGCGUGUCUGUCCAACCGUGUGCAAGAUUUUCAAGUGCUGUCUUUUUGUGAGAGCGAUUACACGUCCCUGAAGCAGUUCAUUUGCACUGCGAAGCAAGCAAACCCGAACGUAGAGUUUCUAGACGACGAUUUGUUCGGCGUUGCCACGGGUAUGGAGAUUAUUACAGAAGCGAUGCGGCGCCGAAUGUCUCUCGCUGGUGUGUGGAAGAAGGGAGGGGGAAAGAAGUCAUUCGUGGUUAAGCCAGAGGAAACAUGUGAUACCACUGUAUCUGAAGAACGGUCGACUACGAUUACACCCUGGCAGCCAAGAGGCGUGAAUGUGGGUCGCACGUAUGCUGUAGAGCAGCGGAUGGUCAGGUUAUGGAUCUUGGAUUUGGACCCAUGCAUUAUCGCACAGCAGAUCACUCUGAUACAGCACUACCUAUUCAGCAAGAUUAAAGUGUCCGAAGUUCUAGCAUCCAAGCGCAACGCCGAGAAAACACCAGGGUAUCAGCGACUUCGGUUGCUGCAUAAUCACGUUUCUACUUGGGUGGUUAGUCAGAUUCUUAUGCGAAGCGAUGUGGACCAACGUGCCGAAAUUCUCGCCUAUAUCAUUCGUGUCGCUGGCGUUCUGCUCUCCCCUCUGCAAAACUUUGACGGGUUUAUGGCCGUGAUGAACGCAGCAAACGACUCUUCCAUUUUUCGUCUGAAGAAAACAUGGGGCCGGCUAUCACCACAAGCGCGGGAAUUGUGGCAAGAGUUGAUGCCGCUUACGGAGAAGGGUGCUCGGCCACUCAACAAACUCACGAAAGAAGCGACCCCGCCGCUCAUUCCGUAUUUGGGUGUUGUGAUCCAAAACGUGAUUGCGUUGCAGGAGUACCCGGAUCGUGUGGAGGGAGACUUGAUUAACUUCAAGAAAAUACGCUCUAUUGGCUGUCUUAUUCAGAAACUGCUGUCUUUUCAGAAGACACCGUACUUGCUGCCGACGGACAAGCGUGUUUUGGACCAUAUCUGCUCACCCGUUCCCUUCGUAGAUGGCGACUCGUGCUUUGCGCGCUCACUAAAGAUUGAGCCCCGCGUUGCUGACGCUGCGUCUGAGACUACGUAA